CCUCUCCUCCUCCUCUCUCUCUCUCUCUCUCUACUCCUUUCCUCUCCUCUCUCCUUGCCCUCCUCGCCCCCAAUGGUUGCCGCGGCCACGGCGCCACCUGCCCAUUCCGCGGCGAGCCCUUGACCCACCCCUGAUCUCGCGGCGGCGGCCGAUCCGGCACCCGGCGACGUGUCCCGGCGGCGAUGGCGGCCGCAACGGCGGCGAUGGCGGCCGCAACGCCGCCGCGGGGGCGGCAGCAGCGACGGGGGGAGGAGGGGGAGGGGGAGGAUGCGGUGGUGGAGCUGACACCGAGGAGGACGCGGCUCCCGCGGGCGUGCAACAGCCGGCCCAAGGUGCCUCCCCCUCCCCCGCCCCCGCCGCGGCAGGAGCGGGCGAGGCCGCCGGCGGGGGCGGCGGCGGGGGAGGAGGAGGAGACGACGCCGAAAUGCCGCGUGGUGACGCCGCUGGUGGCGGAGCCCGAGGCGCCCGCGGAGCUGCCGCGGUGGAGGCUGCGCGGCAUGUGGGAGCUCGCCUCCGUCAUCAACUUCCUCCACGUGUUCCGGCCAUUGCUGAACAUUACGGUGGAGUUCACGGCGGAGGAGCUGGAGGAGGCGAUCCUAUCGCCCAACAAUACAUUGGAUGACGUUCAUAUGCCUCUGCUGAAGUCGAUUCCUCCAGUAACUCGAAUGGCUAUGGGACGUGGAACAUGGAUAACAGUGUUAUGCAGGAAAUUGAAGUACUGGUGGAAUUGGGUUGCAGAAGGUGAUCUUCCAAUUGUUGCCUCACACGGUGCGGAAAUUGAAAUGUACAAGGCACUUGAGCCAGCAACACGAUUAGUGAUCCUUAAAGCAAUAUGUGAUAUACGUGUUGAGCAAGAGGAUAUUCGGAACUUCAUAGAUAGUUCUUUAAAGCGUGGUUAUGAGCUUCCUGUGUUCCGUAAAGAACGUAUUGGAGGAGAUUCAUAUGGAAUCUCAUACUGGUAUGACGAGGAUCCCGUCCUUGGACAUCGGUUAUAUCGUGAGAUUAGGCAAGUGGAGUAUGAGAAGGACCCAACCAAAAAAGCUAAAGGGAAGGGAAUCUCAAAUGCCCCAGUUGUAUCCUAUCAAUGGGAGACUGUUGCAUGCAACUUUAUUGAAUUUGAAUUAGCAGCAGAAAAACUCUUUUCAAGUAGGAACAGGACUGAGGUCUCGCUUGGCAAGAAGUUGAAGAACAAUUAUCUUCCAGAGAUGGAAAAGAUUCACAAGAAGAAGGAGAGGCUGCUCAAAAAGCAACAAAGAGAAGCACUCCUCCUUGACAACCGCUUGACAGUGAAUGGGUUCACCUCUGUCCGCUCUCGUCGUGAAAGAAAGCGUGUCACCUAUACUUUUGAUGAUUAUGAGCGUUCAAUAAAUGAAGCCAUAAAACCAACAAAGAAAAGUGAGAACUCUUCUGAGUUCAUUACUACUUCUAACAGAAGAGUACACCCAAAACGAGAGACAGCGACCAAUGGUAGGUUAGCUGGUCCUUCGCCAUUAUGCAAUGGAUUCUAUGGAGAAUAUCCACUAAGGUCACAUGGCUACCAAGGAAGUGAGUGGGAGAAAAAACCUGAGACUCUCGAUCGCAGGCAAAGAAAAAGAUCUCGAAGGUACACGCAAGAUUUUGUUGAGGCUAUCUCGGACGUCGACCCAAACUUCGACAGUGAUGAUGAUAUCAUUGGUGAAGCAGUCUAUGAUGAGGAAUAUCUUAGAAGUCGAAAGCAAUAUAAGGCCAGACUUUUAGAACUCGAUAAAGAGUUCCAAUUGGAACAAGUUGCCGAUGAUGGUAAUGAUGAAGUGGAAUAUCCUUCGAGUACCAGUGAAGAUGAAAAGGAGCCCCAACGGUACAAAAGAUUGGCUACUUGCAAUCCUCGAGGGACCAACUUGAGAACUAUCGAUGGAUUCCAAACAUGCAUCACACGAAGUAAGCGUUCCACCCGCCCACACAUGAAGUAUCAUCAGUAUGAUCUUUCUGGCACAGAUACAGAAUUGGGAAAGCCAGGUAAAAUAAAGGUACCAGAUCCAGAUGCUGGUUCUGAUGCACUAAAUGACAUGGAGCUCUCGACAACUAGUCAAGACCAGGAGGAAGAAGGUGCUGAAGUAAAUAAAGAGCGGCCACCCCUGCUUUCUCCUAGCAGGAAUAAUGGAAGCGAUGGGAGAAGAUUUCUUGACUUAAACGAGGUUGCGCCUGUAGGCGGUUUUGAUGAAACACAGAGUCGCAACGGCGAAAGGCGACCACCUGGAUAACAACUGAGGAUCAUGCCCUUGGGUUUAGAUACUGAGUAACAUUGUUGAUCCAUCAGAGGCCAAUGAGCACCCAUGAGAGAGCGAUACAACAUCAUUCAUGCGUCAACCUGAUUGGAGGUGCUUUUGUCAACUUGGAAGAACCAAGUGAAGAAACGAUAUGGUCCAUCAUAAGUGCAGCUGUAGAAUUACCAUUAGCUGAUCCAGUCUGAUGAUUGUAGACCAUGGUGAGAUGUGUGCACUGAUGUCUGGCACGCGUCAACUGAUAGCGUAUUAGCGUAUGCGUGUUAGAUUGCCAUUUUUCUUCUUCUUUUUGAGUCAUUGUCACAUUGUUGUUUCACCCCGGCUACAUAUGCUUGCGAAAUCGCGAGGCCUAAAUGAGUAACAUUGUUGGUGUGGCUUGGCCGCUUCAGGAUGCAUUCUCUGCAUGUUGUCAUCAGUCUCAAACUGUGAUUCUUGCCCUCCCGUAUUUCCAAUUUUCCAUGGCUUGUGUAGUUGUGUUGUGUAUGUAAUUGUAGCUUGGAACUUCGGCAAACGAAAGCUAUUCUUUUCUUCCCCC